UUAUCGAUUACAGCCUUCUUUAUGGGCGGCGUUGCCGGUUUUGGCGUAACUGCUGGUGCUCAUCGCUUUUGGACACAUCGUUCCUUCAAGGCCAAUGUACCGUUACGUAGCAUAUUGAUGCUUUGCUUCUCGGUGGCCGGGCAGAAUACGCUCUACGAUUGGGUGCGUGAUCAUCGUGUACAUCACAAAUACUCGGAAACCGAUGCUGAUCCACACAACUCGAAUCGUGGUUUCUUUUUCGCUCACGUCGGCUGGCUUAUGAUGCUGAAGCAUCCAGAAGUUUUACGUCGCGGCCGUCAACUGGAUUUGAGCGAUGUAAUGAACGAUCCUGUCGUGCAGUUCCAUCAGAAAUACUUUAUACCCUUGAAAAUAAUGCUCUGCUUUGUAUUGCCCACCAUGGUGCCAAUCUACUUUUGGGGUGAGGAAUUCCAUUUGGCCUUCAUUACACAAUGUCUCUUCCGUUAUGUUAGCAGUUUGAACUUCACAUGGUCGGUGAAUAGCGCCGCUCACAUGUUCGGCACACGGCCUUAUGAUAAUCGCAUCAGACCCACUGAGAACAUUUACGUCUCUAUCAUUGCCAUGGGUGAAGGCUGGCACAACUAUCACCAUGUUUUUCCCUGGGACUACAAAGCAGCUGAACUUGGUAACUAUUUUGGCAACUUCACCACAAUGAUUUUAGAUGCCUUCCAUCGUAUUGGUUGGGCUUGGGAUAUGAAGGAACCGUCGAAGGAUUUAGUGCGUCGCGUUAUUGACAAAUAUGGUGAUGGCACACACCCCACGACAGAUAGGUCAACUGAAACACCAUCGGUUGGACAUUUUCAUUAUGCGGAGAUACCCGAUCCUGAAUUUGACGCAUCCGAUGCUGAGUCGAGCAGCACGGAGAGCACAAAGCUAGAUGAGAAUGAGAAUUUGAAGAAGAAAGUGCAAACGUAGAAUUCAGUUAGUAGUUGGUGAUUAAAAUGCUAACUAUGGACUGGGUGUAAGUGAGCGUGAGACGUCAGAGCUCCUAAAAAUAUGGACGUGUGGCUGUUUAUUUAAUUUUUUUUUCAUAAUGCGUAAGUAAGUGCAUAUGUCACAUGCAUAUAGUAUGUAUGUAUUGGCAUAAAUAUGUGCUUAUAAUAAAUAAUGGGUGUUCCGUUUAUGCAUAGAUAUACAUACUUAUACAUACAUUAUAGAAAUUAUAUUUGCAUAAUUAUCUAGAAACAAAAGCCGGGUAAGAUACAUAUGUAUGUCAUUCGUUUUUUGUCGGGUUAAGUGGAAUGCACAUUCAAGCACUUUGGAAUAAAUAAAUAGGUUUUUAAGUGAAAAUAUGACAAAUGCGUCACAAGUAAAAGAUAUUCUAGUAGCAGCAUGUAAGAAUCUUAAAUUUAUGAAACAUUUUUUGUACUAUGUAAACACACAAGCGAGAUAAUUGUGCUGCAAAUGAUUUACAAUUAGUCAGUUAAGGCAACUUUCUCAAUCACAAUGCAAAUUUAUAUUACUAAAAUUAUUUUUAUUAGUAAGUAAGUGUGUUCAUUUGUGAACGAAAUUUUGAUGUACAAUAAAAAAAUAUAUCAAAUUAAAUUACUAAACGUUAAAAAAUA